AUGGAGGAAACUAGUUUGUGCCUUGGUGUUUCUUCAGCUGUGCCAGAAGCCGAGGCCCACCUUAACAGCUCCCUGCUCAAUGGCCAGUAUUCAAUGAGCCAGAAGUUGCACCAGAUCACAUCCCAGCUUAGUCAUGCAUUCCCUGAGCUCCAGAACAGACAGAAUCCCGAGGAAAAGGCAGUGGCACUUCUAGAAGACAAGAGCCACGUUUCGCUAGCCAACCAGCCCAUCAGCAGCCAGAUGGCCCUCUUAGCCAAUCAACUCAACCGUGAGGUUGAUACCAGUUUAAACGGGAGGGUAGACCUACAGCAGUUCUUAAAUGGACAAAACCUGGGCAUCAUGUCUCAGAUGAGUGACAUAGAAGAUGAUGCUAGGAAGAACAGAAAAUACCCAUGUCCCCUGUGUGGGAAACGAUUUCGUUUUAACAGCAUCCUGUCGCUCCACAUGCGCACCCACACUGGAGAGAAGCCGUUUAAGUGCCCCUAUUGUGACCACAGGGCAGCUCAGAAGGGAAACUUGAAGAUUCACCUGCGCACUCACAAGCUUGGAAACCUUGGCAAAGGCCGUGGGCGGGUCCGAGAAGAGAACAGGCUCUUGCACGAGUUGGAAGAACGGGCCAUCCUGCGGGACAAGCAGAUGAAAAGCAGCCUUCUGCAACCCAGGCCUGAUGUCAAGGCCCAUCCUCAUGCUCAACCUGUCCCUCUGGCCAAUUGCAAUAUACCCAUGCCCACAAACCACAACACCCCUGAUAUUUCUAAUCCGGUUCCCUCUCCAAAGCCUGCCAGCAUCCAGGAAGAAGUGGUUGCCACAGCUGCAGGGUUUAGAUGUACUUUUUGCAAAGGGAAGUUUAAGAAGAGGGAGGAGCUAGACAGGCACAUCCGGAUCCUUCACAAGCCUUACAAGUGUACGUUGUGUGACUUUGCAGCGUCACAGGAGGAAGAGCUGAUCAGCCACGUGGAAAAAGCUCACAUCACUGCUGAGUCCGCUCAGGGCCAGGGCUCCAAUGGAAAUGGGGAGCAGGCUGCCAGUGAAUUCCGGUGCGAAGUGUGCGGUCAGGUCUUCAGCCAAGCCUGGUUCCUGAAAGGCCACAUGAGGAAGCAUAAGGAUUCCUUUGAGCACUGCUGCCAAAUCUGCGGGAGACGCUUCAAAGAGCCGUGGUUCCUCAAGAACCACAUGAAAGUCCACCUGAAUAAAUUAUCUGUGAAGAAUAAAUCACCCAGUGACUCAGAAGUACCUGUGCCUGUUGGUAGUAUGUCACAGGAAGCUCACGCCAACUUAUACUCAAGAUAUUUGUCCUGUUUGCAAAGUGGUUUCCUACCACCAGACAAAGCAGGCCUCAGUGAGCAGAAUCAGGCAUACAGUAAAGGGGAUUUGCCCAUGAAAGAACGAGAAGUCCUGGGCAAGCUCCUGUCUCCUAUUGCUAACAUUGGGCAUAGUCUUGCUGAAGGGGAUAAACAUUCCUUAUUGGGUUGUCUUAACCUUGUGCCUCCACUCAAAUCUAGCUGCAUAGAGAGGCUACAGGCUGCAGCCAAAGCUGCUGAGAUGGACCCUGUAAACAGCUAUCAAGCUUGGCAGCUCAUGGCAAGAGGAAUGGCCAUGGAACAUGGUUUUUUGACUAAAGAGCACCAGAUACAGCGGAGCCAUGAAGACACUUUGGCAAAUGCUGGAGUUAUGUUUGAUAAGGAGAAGCGGGAGUAUGUGUUAGUAGGAGCAGAUGGCUCCAAGCAGAAAAUGCCUGCUGAUUUGGUUCACAGCACUAAAAUGGGCAAUCAGAGAGACUUGUCAAACAAACUAGACCCUUUGGAAGGCAGUAGAGAUUUUCUCUCUCAUGGUAUGAAUCAAGGGCUCGAUUACAACAUGCAGAGUCACAGCAGCGCAAAAGAGAAGCCAACAGAGUGUCCUGACUGUGGGCGAGUUUUUAGAACAUACCACCAAGUGGUCGUUCAUUCCAGAGUUCACAAGAGGGACAGGAAGACAGAAGAUGAGAUCAUCCAGGGGAGCAUUGAAGAGCGCCGUGGAUCUGGGAGUGAUCAGGAAUCCCAGUCAGUCAGCAGAUCGACCACUCCAGGCUCCUCCAACAUUACUGAGGAAAGUGGAAUGGGCGGAGGCCUUUCACAGACAGGAAGUGCUCAGGAAGACAGUCCCCAUCCUUCUUCACCUUCUUCCUCAGAUGUUGGAGAUGAAGCUGGAAGACCUGCCGGAGUCCAGCAGCCAGCAUUAUUGAGGGAUAGGAGCCUUGGGUCUGCUAUGAAGGACUGUCCCUAUUGUGGGAAAACAUUCAGGACCUCACACCACUUAAAAGUUCACUUGAGGAUACAUACAGGUGAGAAACCAUAUAAAUGUCCCCACUGUGAUUAUGCUGGCACCCAAUCUGCAUCCCUGAAAUACCACUUGGAACGACACCACCGGGAGCGACAAAAUGGUGCUGGGUCACUCUCUGGACAGUCUCAAAGUCAAGAACACAAAGAAGAAACAUCAAGUAAAGGAUCAAUGUUUGUUAGACCGGACGUGCUGAGAGGAGCUUUCAAAGGCCUUCCCAGCAUCGAUUUCCGAAGUGGGAUGGGAUCUCAACAGUGGUCACCAGGAAUACUUUCUUCAGGAGAUCAUCCAGGUCAUUCAGUUGGCAUCCCCACUGAAGGUUCUUCAGAUAAUAUGAAAGGUUCUGACACACCUUCCAAAGGGACACGCUUUUCUGACCUAGGCCGAGCAUAUCAUAGCAUGGUUGGAAAUGGGGUGAACUUCCAAGGGUCUCUGCAAGCUUUUAUGGACAGCUUUGUCCUCAAUUCAUUAAAGAAAGAAAAAGAAAAGAAGGAUAAAGUCCUGUCUGAUUGCCUUCCUACAAAACUGUUGGGUUCAGAAGCUAGUGAGGAAAAGGUGUCCAGUAAGCAGAGAAAAACAGAGAAAUCACAGUAUGAACCUCUUGACCUCUCUGUAAGGCCAGAUGCAGGCAGUCUUCCAGGUUCAUCAUUUACUGUUCAAGACAAUAUUGCUUGGCAUGGCUGCUUGUUUUGUUCAUUCACAACAUCAUCUAUGGAAUUAAUGGCUCUUCAUCUUCAAGCCAAUCAUUUAGGCAAAGCGAAGCGCAAAGAUGGUGUUUUAGGAUCAAUUAGAAAUGGUAAAGACCAACCUAGAGAGGCUGUUGCUUCAACAAAUAAAGCCAACCUGCUGCCAACUUCUCUACAGUCCAAUAAAGAUUCAACAGUUUCCAAUCUGAUAGGUCAAAUGGAUGGGGCUUCUGAAAGAAUGGCCCAGGGAUCCAAGGAUUCACCUGGAGAACAAAAGAAUACCACCUGGCCUGGUCAUGUGGACUCCACUUUUUAUAAUUUUGCAGCUGACUUCUAUAAGCAAUUUGGUGUUUACUCUGGAGUUGGUGGAGCACAUAACUCUUGUACCACUACUGAAGUGGACCUCAAAACACAGUCUGAUGAUGAUCCACCCAUGCUGCUUUCUGACCCUGUAAAUAAAAGUGCUACUGAUGACCUGUCAGACAUUGCAUCAUCUGAAGACAUGGAGUCUUCCAAGGAAGAAACCGUUGAUGAGGAGGACCUUGAAACCGAAUCUGACCUUAUGAACAAACCCUUUCCCAGUCUAAACAAAGAUAGCAAUGACAGAGGAGACAGCAUACAAAGCUCUGUUGCCUCCAAAAAUUCACAAGGACUCAUCUCACCCUUGCCACCUUCUGAAAAGCCGUGGCACACUUCGAAUCUGCUUUCCCCACAUGAAGCUGCACAAGUAGUGAUGAAACCUGAACAAGCGUCAAGCCCACAGGUCCUGGAGAAGCAAGUAAACAUGCUGUCGGUCCUAAGAGCCUACAGCUCUGAUGGCUUAGCAGCCUUUAAUGGACUGAGUAGUAGCACAGGAAGUAGUGGAUAUAUCAAGAGACCUGACUUGUGUGGUAAGUUUUAGAAUCCU